UUGGCGCAGAUUGAUGAAGUAAUUUUUUUUUUUUUUUUAUUACACUCAACUAUUGAUCGAAGCAAAAAAAAGAAAAAAGAAACAAAAGAUUACCUCACAAAGUCUACAGUUUCGAAAAUUUGCUGUUGCUAAUUCAGUGACUACAAGAUGUCUGCUAAAGAUGAGACUCCAGCCUUAAAUCAGGAUGUAGAAACAAUAACAGUUUCCCUCUUGAGAGGCAGACAUUUUAGAGGAAACAAAGGUGAAUUUCUGGGAAGUAUCAUGGUCAAAGCCAAUUAUUGUGAAAAGACAUAUGGAGAAGCUAAUAAAUUUGAUUGUACCAAUGAUUCUGAUAUAGACUUUAACUAUAGUUUCUCUUUACUUUGUCCAAACAGUGAUGCAUAUGUCAUAGAUGAAUAUGCAUAUAGACCUGUUGUGCUUACAUUUAUUAAAACGAUCACCAAGGACAAAAAGAAAAAAGACGAGGAGAAAACAAUUACUCUUGGCCAAUGCACAGUUGAUCUUUUACCUCUCGUCAAAGGAGAAAUAAGCCAUGAAACAACUAUAGAAUUAGUAUCGAUUCCUGGUUCAAUAUUGGAAUGUUUCUUACCAGAUGUUCCAAAGCCUGAAAUCGAUGUCUGUAUAUCAAUAUCAAAAUCCCUUCUGGAGAGAGAAGAAUUAUCUGGUUACAAUAUCAUGACCAUAACAAUCGAAUCUCUUAACUCACCACCAGAAACUUUAGUUCUACAAAAUCAUGUACUGACAGCAGCUAUUUCAGUACCUAUUAUCGAUCAUAAAGAAAACAUUCUUGUGUUUGUUGGAAACCAGCACCGAAGUCCAGGUGAUAAAGACCCAUUAUGUAAACAGAAGAAAUGGGUCAACCCUCUUCCAGCUACUGGACAUGCUGUGUACAUUCCAAACAGUUUCAUCUUCAAUGAUCCAAAAGAAAAUGAAGAUGGAGACUUUCGAUCAAAGGAAAACAAAGAAUACAGAAAACAUUCAGAAAUGGAAAAAUCAAAAUUUAUUUGGAACAUGGAACGAAGAUGUUUUCUCCAUCAAACUGGGGCCAAACAUCUUUUGGAAACUAUAACAGCAAAGCGAUACCUGCCACUGGAAAUAUUGCGUAUAACUGUUCCAACUGGGGGCAGACUUAAAAAGCAUGAAGAUGAAGGAACAGCAUCUUUUCAUGGAGUAGUGUACAUUGAUUGCAGUCCACUUCUGUAUCCUGGAGUGAAACAGAUAAAAGGCGCUUAUAAAGUCCAACCAUUUUCUGAGGGUGAAUACCAAGAAAAGGCAAUCAGUUCAACAGUACUUAGUGAAGAGGCAAUUAAAUUUUCACUCAGCUUUGUAUCAUCUGGACCAUCUCCAACAGGACGAAAGGGGAAAGAAGAGAAAAAAGAGUCAAAGAAAACUGCACUCAAACCAAACCUCGAAACAACCUCUGAUGUAGACUUACAUAAUGCAAAUGCUGAAGGACAACAGUUUGUUGAAGCAAGGUCACAUGUAGUCCUUUCAAUAAGCCUGGAACGCCCUCUCAUAGCGAAGAGAACAGCAAUAGAAUUAUCUAAUUUGGUGGAAGCUUAUAUUCCACCUCGACCUAUGUUUCCCAAAAGACUAGGUGGCACUGCGAGGGCUGUAUCUGACUUCCAUAAACAAAUUGAAUGUGUGACUGAACAAGUCCUUGAUGAAUUUAGGCAGCAAUUUAAAGGUGAAAUUGAUACAAACAGAAGACCAAAUGAAGAUGAAAUGGAAGACAGGAAACAGAAAUUGUUAUUUCACUUGAACACUUCUGGUAAAUACUUCACCUAUAAAGAGCGUCUGAAACAUGCUGUUGUUAAAAUUGUCCGGGAGAAGUAUCUCAAGACAAGUGAUUUUGAUGAUAAAGAGAAAUUACAGGAGUUUCUCAGUGAAUUGUACAUCUUCCUUGUGGACGAGAUGAAUAUAGCCCUCAAUAAAUUCCUUAAUAUACAAGAUCAACCUUCUGUCCCUGAACCAUUGGCAGAUACAAUUCAGCUAAAACAGUUUGCAGAAGAGGCAGAAAUGAAUGGAAAUAUGACCUUAGCUUCUCAAUAUCAUGAAGAGCGUAUAAUCAAAGACAGAAAUUAUCCACAGCAUUGGAUAGAUUAUGCAGUAUUCUGCUUGGGCUGCAUGGAUUAUGACAAGGCAGAGCAAUGUGCCAGAGAAUGUAUUGCUAUUGACCAACAGAAUCAUGAUGGGUUGCUACUUGUUGGUAUUUUGUCUGGCUUUAAAAAUCUUUAUGAGGUGGGUGAGACUUUCUUUGAAGCAGCAUUAGCAAUUUAUCCAGAAAGUAUUCUUGGAUGGACACUCUUAGGACUUCUUUAUGACGGAGCAGCUAAUGAAAUGAGAGCAGAAAUGGCUUUUCAUGAAGCAGAACGUUUAAAUGUUGCUCAAACUGUAGCAGAGGCUCAUAAGAAGAAAGUGGAAAAUGAGCCUAAUGGUGAAGAGGAAUCUCAACUGAGCAGCCUUGAUAAAGAAGAAGUCAUAGAGGAAUCAAAGUCUGAAAGACAGAACAGCAGAUUUCUAGGAAUUCGACCUGAUAUCAGAGUCAAAUCUGAAUUGUCAAACCUGAGUCAAAUAGAGGAAGAUUACUUUUCAACAAAUGAACCAGAACCUGAAUUCAGUAUAUACAUGAUCACAGCAGAAUGGUUGAUUAAACUUAAAGUUUUCAGACUUGCAGAACGAGCUUUGGCUCAUGAACUCCUCCAGACAUCUGAGAAACCUUCCAUUCAGUAUUUCUGGUGUCUUGCUAAAAUAAGUAUUUUCAAAAAAGAGUUCACUGAAGCUGAAAAUUAUCUGAAUCAGGCUCUUCUAAUCAGUCAAGAGUUCCCCGAAACUUGGGCACUAUUAGGUCAUGUGAAGUAUUUAACAGGGGAUGUUUCCAAUGCCCAAAAUCAUUAUGAUCGUACUUUAUCAUUUGUAAAUGAUACCCAGGAUAUUCACUCUGUGUAUUUGCGUCUAGGAUCGAUCUAUCUGCAAGACAAGAAGUUUCCAGAAGCUCGGGAUAUAUUUCUCAUGGCAUGUAAAAGUAGCCCAUCUUCUGUCACAUGGCUGGGAGUUGCAAUAGCUUGUUAUCGAAUGGAGAAGUUGUAUGAAGCGGAGUCUGCUUUAUGUGAAGCCAAUAUUCUGAAUAACAUGGAUCCUGAAAUUUGGGCCUACCUAGCUCUUGUUUGCCUUAAACAUAAGCGUAUAUAUGAAGCUGAGCAAAGUUUCAAGUAUUCUAUAAAACUUGGGUUAAAUGAUAAAGAAAUCUUGCAAGAAAUACUUCUCUUACAAGAAACUACAGAGAUUGGAAAUACAUCUUUUCAUUCAAAAGAAGAUAUUCUAUCAAAGGAAGAAAUGUGAAUGUAGUUACCAGAACAGAAGAAAUAGGCUGUGUCUCUUCACUUACAAAAGGAUUAACUUUUAUGAAUUGUUUGCAUUAAUACUUAUAUUUUCCUAUGGGGAUAUAUUAAUUCACUUUAAUUAUCAUCAUAUAUAACAAUAAUUAAAAUGAAUUUUAAUGUGAACAAAAAAUAUCUUGAAAUACUUUGUUUUCUGGUAAUAA